AUGACCAAGCACGAUUCAGAUGAGACCAGUUCCGAGCAAGUAACCAGAAAGAGGAAAGGAGAUUCUUUUGACGAGUUGGAAAUUGACUUGAAUGCAUCUAUUCCUUUGUCUAAAAAACAAAAACGUUUGGCCAAGAAGGGAAAACUAGAGGAAGAGCCAGCCCCCAAAAUUACAACUGUACAGGAAUCAGAACAGAAGGCCGAGAAAUCAAAGUACGGUGUUUGGAUAGGAAACUUGUCAUUUGACACGAGCAAAGAAGAUCUUGUGCGGUUCUUGGUUGGUAAGUCAUCAGUGAAAGAAGAUGAAAUUACCAGAGUUAAUGUUCCUAAAAAGGGUAACCAGAUUAAAGGAUUUGCCUAUGUUGAUGUACAAAACGAAGAGCAAGUCAACAAAUUGAUAGAGCUAAGUGAACAGAAUUUGAAUGGACGAAACUUGUUGAUCAAAAAUGCCACUUCGUUCGAAGGUCGCCCUGAAAAAGAAAGCAAGUUACCACCUAGCCGGAUCUUGUUUGUCGGUAACUUGAGCUUUGACACAACAGAAGAUAACCUACAGGAGCAUUUCCAGCAUUGUGGAGAAAUUGCUAGGAUCAGGAUGGCAACUUUUCAAGAUACUGGUAAAUGUAAGGGUUUUGCUUUUGUCGAUUUUAAGAACGAAGACGGCGCCACCACUGCAAUGAACUCAAAGCUUGCUAAAACGAUGUUAAAUAGGAAACUAAGGUUGGAAUAUGGUGAAGACAGAUCCAAGAGGAGACCAAAGAGUCAUACACAAAACGAGACGCAAGAAAGACAGGAAUUUGCGAGUGAGGCCCCUGAAAUCACGCCACAGGUUAAUAAGAGACAGUAUAGAGAGAGACCGCAAGAAAGGCCACAAAAGAGAGAAAAGUCGUCAGUUGCGUUGGCUACAGCUCAGAGAGCUAGUGCGGCUAUUGUGCCGUCCUCGGGUAAGAAAAUCACAUUUGAUUAA